CCUAAACUAAAUAUGAAAUAUUUAAAAUUUGCAGAUAUUGAUGAAGCACACGUGGAAAGUACGCAUUAAAUUCUUUUCUCGUGAUUUUUUUUCGGAUUUGAGUCUUUUGUAACAUGUAAAAAAUCUAUACGUUUUAAAUAAUGAUUUUCUGAAGAGAUUGUAGCUCCUCCGUGUAGUUGCAUGUAAAGAGAAACCGGUUUUUCACGGACUCUCCCACGUGGAAGGCAGUUGGUGGAGCGGGGAUAAGUUACAACGGUACAUACUUUCACAUGAUGUGCCGUUCAAAAGCAAACUCGUUGCGGACUGAACGAUUGAGUUAAUUCUAGUCCCGUUUAAAUCAAUAUACUACUAUGUCAAACGAAAAGAAGCGUGGAAAAGAGCAGGACAAAAAGAGAACACAAUGUGCCAUGGAAAGACAUAUCAUGAAUCUGAAGGUGAAGACAGUGCUGAAGAUUAUUUUAUCUUUUAUAGUGGGUCCUCUGGUUCUUUACGGCAUAUUUUUCGUAUGUCUGCGUUAUCAAAUACACUUGAGGCAUCUGAUCGAGAGACCGAUAAUAAUAAACGAGGUUCGACCAAAAUUCUGGAUCUACGCCAAGAGCAACAACACCGGUUACCUGAAACACGUGUAUGCAGUGCUCCAACGACUCGGCUUCCAGGAGGGCAAUAACGAAUCUGACUGGGAUCUAUUGUGGGCCCACGAUUAUCCGUUUCGUGUGUUGUCCGCGAGCUUGAAUAACGUGCAACAGCAUCAGCGAGUCAAUCAUUUCCCUGGUUGCGGCUACAUCACGAAUAAGGUCGAACUGUCGACGUCGCGUGGCGGCCGGUACAUCCCGGCGGCGUUCAAGAUGCCCGAGGAUCGGAAAGCCUUCCUCGAUUAUGCUAAAUUGAAUCCAGCAAAGCGGUUCGUACAAAAGUUAAAUGAUCACCGGGGCAUUCGCAUUUGCAGCAGCAGUGACGCAAAUUUCACCGCCGGCACAUUCAUCCAGGAGUUCAUCGAGCGGCCGUUUCUUGUGAAUGGUUACAAGUUCGACAUAGGCGUGUACACCGUCAUCACGUCUGUGGAUCCGCUGCGGGUGUACAUUUAUAAGGGCGACGUGCUAUUUCGUUUUUGUCCAGUUGAAUAUUACCCAUUUGACCCAAAGAUUUUGAACAAGUACGUGGUUGGCGAUGAUUAUCUGCCGAUUUGGAACGUGCCAUCUUUGAAGAGAUACUAUACCGAACUCGGGCACUCGAUGAAGGACUCAUUCGACGCAUACGUCAGGGAGCAAGGAAAAAAUCCAGCGGAAAUGUGGGACCGGGUGUAUGACGCUAUUCGGGAGGUCGCUCUGAUGAAAGAGGCGCAGAUCAAAGAGGUCUCCAAGCGUUUCGGCAACGGCAGAACGUUCUUCGAGCUUGUGAGAUUCGACUUGGUUCUUGACGAGGAUCUGAAUGUCUACAUGAUGGAAGCGAAUAUGUCGCCGAAUCUGUCCUCUGCGCAUUAUCCUCCGAAUCAGUUACUCUAUGAGCAGGUCAUAUUCAAUACGUUCGCGCUAGUCGGUAUCGCCAAGAGGACUAGAAAAGAAUCCUUGAAAAUAAGUAAUGAAAAGGAGGAAGAAAUGGAAAUAGCGAACAAGAAUAUCGUAGUGUUGCCAGAACUCUGUAAAAAAUGCGACAAUGACUGUUUUCGCGUAGAAUGCCAAUUGUGCCGACCAUGCUUCACGUCGGAAACAAAACUCAUUUUGACGCAGAGUUAUCUUGAACAUCAGAACCGGAUGGAUUUUCAAAGAAUUUUCCCGCCGCCGAUAACGAGGGAUAUGAUGCUGAAGAAUUACACACUGAGAAAUCAAUUGCUUAUUAGAUGGUACCAAGGAAAAUGCGACGUAGACAAGACAUGGUGCAGUUGAUCAUGAAAUCAAAAGUAUAUCGCGAA